CAUGCGCUACAUCUAUGUUGUUGUUUGUGGCGGUAAGAUGGCGGCGCUCGGAGACACCUCAGCUCCGGGGGUGAACGGGUUAAUACAACAAUUUACAGCAAUAACAGGAGCCACAGAGAGCGUAGGACAACAUAUGCUCGAAGCAUGCAACAACAAUCUGGAGAUGGCAGUGACGAUGUUUCUGGAUGGAGGCGCGAUAGCAGAGGAGCCCAGCACCAGCUCAAGUUCAGCAGCAUCAAGCAGCAGAGCUCCCCCGACAGAUGAAGUUCGUGCACCCAUUCCUCAGAAACAGGACAUACUGGUGGAACCAGAGCCACUUUUUGGAGUGCCAAAGCGAAGACGACCUGCACGUUCAAUAUUUGAUGGUUUCAGAGACUUUCAAACAGAGACAAUCCGCCAAGAACAGGAGCUCCGUAAUGGUGGGACGGUUGAUAAGAAACUGAGUACCUUGGCAGACCUUUUCCGUCCUCCCAUUGAGCUCAUGCACAAAGGCAGCUUUGAGACGGCUAAAGACUGUGGACAGCUUGAAAACAAAUGGCUAAUGAUCAACAUUCAAAAUGUUCAAGAUUUUGCUUGUCAGUGCCUGAACAGGGAUGUGUGGAGUAAUGAUGCAGUGAAGAACAUCAUCAGAGAACAUUUCAUAUUCUGGCAGGUAUAUCAUGAUAGUGAAGAGGGACAAAGGUACAUCCAGUUCUAUAAACUGAACAAGUUUCCCUACAUUUCCAUCCUCGAUCCACGCACCGGUCAAAAAAUGGUGGAGUGGAACCAGCUGGAUGUGGCAUCGUUCCUCGAGCAGGCAACCGGCUUCCUGGCAGAGCACGGACAGCUUGACGGGCCUUCCUGCCCUGCACCCCCUACCAAACGUGCUCGCUCUGAGAGUCUAAUUGACGCCAGUGAAGACAGCCAGCUGGAGGCAGCGAUCCGAGCCUCCCUGCAGGAGACCCACUAUGAGUCCUCAAAUGUUCCCGAAGCUCCCGACUCCCCUCGAUCAGAGGACGAGUCGGAUGCAGAGCCUUUCUCAGACAGCGAGGGACCCAUCUCUGUCGACGGCUCAGACAGUGAAACAGCAGCACCCCCUUCAGCCUCUGCAGCUCAACAACGUCUACAUCCCGAUAGUUCCACUUCCUCUCACAGAAAGUCUCCAUACAAAGAAAACAACCACAGUCACAAGAAGGAGGAGAGUAAAAAGAACCACCUGGAGCCCUUGGCUGCCAGCCCCCGUCACCCUCAGCCUGAUACAGACUCAGGAGGGAACCAUUGUCCCUCACAAGCUGAAAGUGUUCAAACUUCCAAGAUCAGCACCACCACAACCUGUGAAGUGGACAGUCCCGAUGACAGUGGCCCCAAAGCCAGGUUGAUGCUCCGUUACCCAGAUGGACAAAGAGAGCAGAUUUCCUUGUCUUCUAAAGCAAAACUUUUGGCCCUGGUAAGACAUGUCCAGUCCAAGGGCUAUCCUAAUGAACGCUUCGAACUCGUCACCAACUUCCCGAGGAGAAAACUCGCCCACUUGGACUAUGAUAUCACACUGCAAGAAGCAGGGCUUUGUCCACAGGAGACUGUAUUUGUGCAGGAGAGGAACUAGUCUUCCAAGACACAUUCACUGUCAGCUUGUCCAUAUCUCUGGCAGACCUCACCGCUUCUCCAACCAUUUGGGAUCAUGAUGGGGUCUUGAUCCCAUAAUGCUCUGCUGUGGAAGUUUACUCCUCCCACCUUUUUUUGUUUUUGGACCAGGACAGCUGAUGGACUAUUUUAACGCUAAUCCACCAGUGUCAACAAUACUGACUUCCCCACUUACAACUUAAUUCCUUUUUAGUCCUCAACAAUUGGCCAGUAAGAUGUCACAGAUAUCAGCACUCUUGUUUUUUUUUUUUUUUUUUUUUUUCAAAUAUAAAUCUGUUCUGAUGCAGCUCUUUGAGAAAUGAGGUCCAAAAGGGCAGAAUACACAUAAAUAUUUCUUAUUGAGAAAACCUAAAGUAACAGAUCACCAAUUGAUGAUGGGCUGCCAGGGACUUGUACAAAAGUCAUUUUACCUUCCAGAAAGGACAUUAAUGUCAGAGUUUAUUUUCUAGCUCUUGUUAUCUUCUGAUCAUGGGACAAGAAAAGGGAGAGUCGUUCUUGUUUUUGUUUUGUUUUCCUGACAUUGUGUGAACAAUUGUAAUUAUUUUAAAGGCAGGGGUACUCAUACGGACGGACAAAAAGUCACAAAUGUUUUUCAUACAAAAGAGAAUAAAUGCAAGGUGGUAUAUCUUCUCAGUCAGACCUGCACUGUACAGAGACAGCUUAGAGAAACUAAUAAUUAGCUGUAGUCAUUGUUUCUUUUUUAUAUGCUGCCAAGAAAAUAUGCUGGUGUUGAAAUAUAACCACCAAAACCCAAGAGAUUCUGCUUGAUCUUUUGUGAUUUAUUUUUUUCAGGGUUUUUUUUUUUUUUUUUUUUUUUUUUUUACAAAUGAAUGGUGAAAAUCUAAAACUCUUGACAGAGUUAAUACAGUUAAGAGACAUCAAAUUCCGCUUCAUAAAUGGGGAGAUAGGUUAUAAUGUAUAAUGGAUGCAGAGUAUUAAGGGAUACAGCAUAAUUUGUUUCAGCUCAGUAUAAUUGUGUAUUUAUCUUUUCUUUUUUUUUUACACAUAUUUAUUCUGAUAGAUCAGGUUAUUUUUUUUAUACCUGCUGGUAGACUUGUUUUGGCAUAUGUUUUUUUUUUCAACCACUCAUUUACCUCCCAUUUUUAGUGCUGUUAGGUCAACCACACUUAUACAUCAGAGUAGCAAAUAUGGGAAUAAGGCUCAUCCUCAAGACUCAGCAGCUGUCUCUCCAGUUUCUCCCUGUAGACAUCUAGUGGUGGUCAUGUGCCUUAAACACCAAAUGACUAAGAAGACCUCUUAAAAGUGUAAAAAAAAAAACAAAAAAGACCAACAUAUUAAUAGAUCAAGCUUUGUGCGAUCAUCAGGUUCCAACUGCUUUCUACUUUGUUCCUUAAACUCUGCAUCUGAAAGAAGUUUCCCAUCUGUGGAGUGGCUGCCUCUCCCUUCCUAUGAGAGUUUUUUUUUUUUUCUUUUUUGGUUUGGAAAACCUAAUUACCUUUUUAAUAUAUGAAGAACAAAUGAAUAUUAUCAUUCACACACCUGUAGAAAUACACAAACUUGUGACAAAUUAAAAAAAAAAAAAACAAUGUGUUGAAGGUGUUGGGCCACGAGCGCAGCUUCAGUGUUGCCUGCUGUUGAUUUACAAGGAGCUACACUGGAGAGACUGGACAGAGCACUGUCCUUCAUGAAGGUCCAAACGCUCCUGUAAGUUCAGUCAGGUGAAGAUCAGGUGACUGUGAACAGCCGACAGUGCCUUGAAAACGUAUAUUCAAAAACUCUUGGCAUUUUUUUUUCCAAUUGUGUUGUACAGUAUUGCAGCUUAUAAUUUAAACUGAUGUUUUGAGUUAUGUCAUCCAAACUGGUGGAGUGAAAUUGAAGAAAGCAAAAGAAAUGUUAAGAAAAAAAAAUAAAGACUGAAGAUAUGUCUGUGCAAUCUUAAGUGUUGUAUAGUGUUGUGACAGACUUCAGCAUCUGUCACCAAGAGACGACAGAAAAUAGAACAAGUAGUGCAGUGAAGACCAAGGGGUCUCUAAACAUGCCAGAGACAAACGUCUCAGUAAUCAACUGGGAAAAAUAGAGCAUCAACU